UUGGAAGAUAAGGAAGAUUUUCAUGAGAAAUUCAUUCAUUUCCUUAAGUAUGCUAUGAUAGUCUACAAACGGGAACCAGCAGUGGAACAAGUGAUCAAUUUUGUGGCUAAAUUUGUUACUUCAUUUUAUCAAAUGGAGAAAGAAGAUGGUAGUGAGGAGGGAGAAGAAGAUAAUUUACUUCUAAAUGCCAUGCUUAACUUUCUGCUUGAGUCUCAUAAUGCGAACAGCCAUGCAGUUAGGUUUCGAACAUGUCAGCUCAUUAAUAAGAUUUUGGGAACUAUGCCAGAGAAUGCCCAGAUUGAUGAUGACUUAUUUGAUAAAAUUAAUGAAGCUAUGCUGAUUAGACUUAAAGAUAAAUUUUCCAAUGUAAGAAUUCAAGCUGUCUUGGCCCUGGCAAGACUUCAGGAUCCUAAGGAUGAAAACUGUCCUGUUGUUAAAAUUUACAACACAUUGCUUGAAAAUGAUUCAAAUUCAGAAGUGAGGCGUGCAGUGCUGUCAUGUAUUGCUCCAUCAGCAAGGACUUUGCCAAAAAUUGUAGGCCGCACUAUGGAUGUAAAGGAAGCAGUCAGGAAGCUGGCAUAUGAGGUUUUGGCAGAAAAAGUUCACAUGAGAGCCCUGUCAAUAGCACAGAGGGUAAAAUUGUUGCAGCAAGGGCUUAAUGACAGAUCUGAUGCUGUUAAGGAGGUAGUGAAAAAGAAGCUGCUUCAAGCCUGGUUACGAUUGACUGAAGGGGAUGUUUUAGAAAUGCUUCACCGACUGGAUGUGGAAAACUGCCCAGAAGUGGCCAUGCCAGUACUAAAUGCUCUGUUUUCAUUAUCUCCCCUUCAUGACUUUGUUAAGAACUGUAAAAACCUUGACAGCAGAAAACUGAUUCCACUGGAAGAUUUAACAGCUGAGAAUGUGUUAUAUUGGAGGUGUCUUUGUGAAUAUCUAAAAUCAAAAGGUGAAGAAGGUGAAGAUCUACUAGAACAAAUGUUGCCAGAACCAGCUAUAUACGCAGAUUAUUUAUUAAGUUACCUUCAAAAUAUGCCAGUUCUUAGUGAAGAACAAAGAGAAGACUUUACUUGUUUUGAAAACCUGAUGACCAAAGAGUUUAUAGGCCAGCAGCUGAUUCUUAUGAUAGGCUGCAUGGAUACCAUGGAAGAGGGAGGAAGAAAACACCUGUUAGCUACUUUACAAAAGAUUCUCAUUCUGCCUGCAACUUCAGCGGCGCUUGUAUCUCUGCUUGUGGAAAGAUUACUCAGUAUCAUUAAGGGUGAUGACAAAAGGAUUCAAACUAUUGCAGAAAUUAUAUCAGAACUUCGUGAGCCAAUUAUUACAUGUGACCAGCCUGUUGGUCCUGAAAUAAGAAGGCGAGAGCUUAAGCUGGCUGAAAUAAAAGUGAAACUUUUUGAAGCAAAAGAAGCUUUGGAAGAAUGCAUUACCCUGCAGGAUUUUAACAGAGCAUCAGAAAUAAAGGAGAAAAUAACUGAACUGGAACAGAUCAAAAAUGAUCUGAUAAAAGAAGCAGACCAACCUGAAAUUAAAGAAAUGCGUGUAGAGAAGAAUGAUCCUGAAACACUGUUGAAGUGUCUGAUGAUGUGUUAUGAACUUCUGAAGAUCAUGUCCCUUUCCAAAGGAAUUGACCCAACCAUUAAUGAAAUCAUUGAAUCUCUGGUACUUCCUGGCGUAACUAAUGUCCAUCCAGCUGUGAGAAAUAUGGCAGUUCUGUGUUUGGGAUGCUGUGGCCUUCAGAACAAAGAAUUUGCCCGAAAACAUCUUGCACUGCUGUUACAGGUUUUACAAAUAGAUAAUAUAAAGGUAAAGCUCAGUGCUUUAAAGGCAAUCUUUGAUCAACUAAUGCUCUUUGGGAUUGAGCCAUUUAAAGCCAGAAGCGGCAAUAACUCUCAAAGUGAAGGUGCACACAGUGAGACUGAAAAUUGUGAAGAAGACAAGGAAGAAAUAGAGGAGGAAGACGAGAGUGCUACGAUUCACAACCUCCUGCAGCUUCUCUCUGGUUUCUUAGACAGUGAGUUUUCAGAACUCAGGACAGAAGCUGCAGAAGGCAUAGCCAAGCUGAUGUUUUCUGGGAGGCUGAUUAGUGCCAAGCUGCUUUCUCGUCUUAUCUUGUUGUGGUAUAAUCCUGUGACUGAAGAGGAUACUCGGCUUAGGCAUUGUCUUGGAGUCUUCUUCCCUUUAUUUGCUUAUGCAAAUAG